GCGCGGCGGUGCCCGAGAUGGUGAAGCUGAAGCUCGAGCGCAACGCGGCGCUGGCGGAGGAGAAGCAGAAGGCCGCCGCGGUGAAGAAGGUGGAGAGGGCCUCGCGCCGCCACGACCUGAAGAUGCGGACGCUGAAGUACGAGAAGGAGUACGCCACGCACACGCGCAAGCUGGUGGCCCUGCGCCGCCAGGCGAAGUCGGCGGGCAACUUCUUCGUGGAGCCCGAGGCCAAGCUGCUCUUCGUGGUCCGCAUCGUCGGGAUCAUUAAGCUCAGCCCGAAGCCACGCAAGGUCCUCCAGCUGCUGCGGCUGAAGCAGCUCCACAACGGCGUAUUCUUGAAGGUCAACAAGCCCAUUCUGAACAUGUUGAAGCUCGUGCAGCCGUACGUGACCUACGGCUACCCGACCUUGAAAACGGUCCGCGAACUCAUCUACAAGCGCGGCUUCGGCAAGGUUAACAAGCAGCGGAUCCCGCUGUCGGACAACGAAGUCAUCUCUGGCACCGUCGGAGAUCACGGCAUCCACGGCGUGGAGGACCUGAUCCAUGAGAUUUAUUCUGUCGGCCCAGCAUUCAAGCAGGUCUCGAAUUUCCUCUGGCCCUUCAAGCUGUCCGCACCAAAGGGCGGCUUCGAGAAGAAGCGCCACGGCUUCUGCGAGCAGCGCGGCGGCGCGUGGGGCAAUCGGGAGGACCUCAUCAACGAGCUCGUGUCGCGGAUGAACUGA